CUUAAACAGCAGUUGCAGCAUCCUAAAAGAUGAUUGGUUGUCAUAAAUGUCCGUUUAAACUGUGACUUCCGGUCUGGGAGGUUGCUAGGUAACACAAGUCCGCUUGCUAACGCCGCUGCUAACGAGCUAACUGGCUAGCUAGCGCUGUUUGUUUUUCGUGAAUUUAGCCGCUUUGGGCUCAUUUGAAGCCGUGAAAACUACCACUUUGGCAUCAUGAUGACGAUAAAAGACGGGGAGUAUACUGCUACAAUCUAUAAACUGAUUAAGGACAGCCAGUAUGUUGAGGCCAUUCACAUCCUCAACAGCCAACUUCAAAAGCACACUCGGUCCCGGGCAGCGCUGUCCCUUCUUGGCUUCUGCUACUACCAUGUCCAGGACUUCAGCGGCGCAGCCGAGUGCUACGAACAGCUUACACAGCUGCACCCCGAGGUGGAGGACUACCGGGUGUAUUACGCCCAGAGCCUGUACAAGGCGGGCGCCUACGCCGAGGCCACCAAGGCCUCCUUCGCCCUGGACACGCCUAGCAGCCACACCAAGAUGAUCAAACUGCAAGCCUCCAUCAAAUACUUUGAGGAGAAUCACUCUGCUGCCAAGUGCCUGGUGGAGCAGCUUCCCCCAGAGGACACAGACUACGUGCACAACAUGGGCUGCUUGCUCUACCAGGAUGCCAAAUAUGAGGAUGCCUGCAAGAAGUUCACAUCAGCAAUGCAGGUGCUGGGAGACGUGCCUGCGCUGUCAUACAACAUCGCUCUCUGCUACUACAGACUCUGCAACUACGCACAGGCCCUCAAAUACAUCGGGGAAAUCAUUGAGCGAGGCAUCCGAGAGCAUCCAGAGCUGAGCGUGGGCCUGACAACGGAGGGCAUUGACGUGCGCAGCGUGGGCAACACGCUGGUGCUGCAUCAGACUGCCCUGGUGGAGGCCUUCAACCUCAAGGCUGCCAUCGAGUACCAGCUGAAAAACCUGAAAGGAGCUCAGGAUGCUUUGACGGACAUGCCGCCGAGAACAGAGGAGGAGCUGGACACGGUGACGCUGCACAACCAGGCCCUGCUCAAUAUGGACAGCAAGCCAUCUCAGGGCUUUGAGAAGUUGGCCUUCCUGCUUCAGCAGCCGUCCUUCCCGCCCGUCACUUUUGGCAACCUGCUUCUGCUCUACUGCAAACAUGAGUAUUUUGAUCUGGCAGCCGACGUCCUGGCCGAAAACGCACACCUCACCUACAAAUUGCUCUCUCCGUACGAGUAUGAGUUUCUCGACGCAUUGCUGACGUGCCAGACAGCACCCGAGGAGGCCUUCAGAAAAUUUGACGACAUGAUCGGCAAAAUGACUGAGAAGCUGCGCAAGCUGGCCAAGCAGCUGCAGGAGGCCAAGACGGCUCGAGACGACGACGGGCAGAAGAAAGCCCUCCAGGAGUAUGACACCAUGCAGGAGAAGUAUAUCGUGGUCCUGAUGGCCCAAGCCAAAAUCUACUGGAACCGCGAGAACUUUGCCAUGGUGGAGAAGAUCUUCCACAAGUCCAUGGAGGUGUGCAACGAGGACGACACGUGGAGGCUGAACGUGGCCCACGUGCUCUUCAUGCAGAACAAGUACAAGGAGGCCAUCAGCUUCUACGAGCCCAUCGUCAAGAAGCACUACAACAACGUGGAACAGUGUAGCGUGCAGGAGUGCUCGUGCAUAUUCAAACCGCCGAUCUUGAACGUGAGCGCUGUGGUCCUGGCCAACUUGUGCGUGUCCUACAUCAUCACCAGCCAGAAUGAAGAGGCUGAGGAGCUGAUGAGGAAGAUCGAGAAGGAGGAGGAGCAAAUCUCCUACGACGACCCCGACAAGAAAGUCUUUCACUUGUGCAUCGUCAACCUGGUCAUCGGCACAUUGUACUGCACCAAAGGCAACUACGAUUUUGGUAUCUCUCGCGUUAUCAAGAGCUUGGAGCCUUACAACAAGAAGUUGGGGACGGACACGUGGUUCUACGCCAAGCGCUGCUUCCUGUCUCUGCUGGAGAACAUGUCCAAGCACAUCAUCACACUGAAGGGGGUGAUGGUCCAGGAGUGCAUUCAGUUCUUGGAGAACUGUGAAGAGUACGGAAGGGAGGUGCCCGCCAUCAUCGAGCAGCCGCUGGAGGAGUCUCGAGUCCAAAUGGGCAAGAACACGGUCACCUACGAGGCUCGGCUACUCAAGGCCCUCUUUUACAAAGUCACCAGCUGGAACGAGUAACCGUGACACAACCAAAGACGACACCGGACACUCUUGAAGUGGACCUUUUAUGUGGGAUGUUUCGUUCGACACACACUGUUGCUUCAUGCACAAAAAAAGCCUUAAAUACUUACAAUAUACGGUAUAAUGCUUCACAUACGAUACAUAAUAAUUGACAUGGAAAUAAUACAGGCAGCUUUGUCUCAGUUCAUCU